AGCCGGGAGCCGUGAUGGCCCCGUGGCCCGCGCCUCCUCCGCCUCCGCCUCCGCCUCCACCCCUCGCUGCGCCGCCGCCGCCCGGCGCCUCUGCUAAGGGCCCGCCGGCGCGCAAGCUGCUGUUCAUGUGCACCCUGUCCCUGUCCGUCACCUACCUGUGCUACAGCCUCCUGGGCGGCUCGGGCUCCCUGCAGUUCCCGCUGGCGCUGCAGGAGCCGCCGGGCGCCGAGCCCCCGCCGAGCCCGCCGCCGCCCUCGCAGCCGCCUCCCCCCGCGCCCCCCGGCGCCCCCUCGCCGCCGCCGCCGCCGCCGGACAACGCGAGCCGCGGGGAGCCACCCGAGCCCCCCGACACGCACGCCGCCCCCGGGGCGGACGGCUGGGCACCGGCGAGCGGCCGGGACGCCUGGCUGCGGACCCCGCCGGCCCCGGGCGCGGUGGCCACGGCGCCCAGGGCGCAGCUGGACCGGGACGCGCAGGAGUCCAGCACGGCCGACGAGGAGCUGGCAGGCCGGAGGGCGGCCAACGCGAGCGGCGAGCGGGGCGGCGCCGCCAGCACCCCGGACUACGGGGAGAAGAAGCUGCCACAGGCGCUCAUCAUCGGGGUCAAGAAAGGGGGGACCCGCGCGCUGCUGGAGGCGAUCCGAGUGCACCCGGACGUGCGGGCGGUGGGCGUGGAGCCGCACUUCUUCGAUAGGAACUACGACAAGGGGCUGGAGUGGUACAGGUGCUCCGGGAAGUGGAUAGUCACCAGAUACAUUGUGAGCACCGGGCAUAGUCACUGGAGCGUCAUAGAUACCUGCUGGGGCUCCAAAGCCUCAUAAUUCCGCUGCUCCUGGCAGAUUAGGCUCACUGUCAUCAUCAUCAUCAUCAUUUUAGACAGCAGGUGAGGAACAGAGAAGAGGAGAGAGAAGGACACAGCACAGCAUUGCUGCACUGCCCGUGAAGCUUCCCCCCAUCCAGACGCUCCCCUGUGACGGCUGGGGGCUUGAACCCAGGACCUCACACAUUAUGGCACGUGAGCUCUACUAGGUCAGCAUCGCCCCACCCUCAGUCCGAAUUUUUAGCUGUUUAUUUUUAAUUUUUUAUUCCCUUUUUUUGCCCCUUGCUGUUUUAUUAUUGUUUUAGUUAUUGUUGUUAUUAUUGAUGUCCUUAUUGUUGGAUAGGACAGAGAGAAAUGGAGAGAGGAGGGGAAGACAGAGAGGGGGAAAGAAAGACAGACACCUGCAGACCUGCUUCACCGCCUGUGAAGCGACUCCCCUGCAGGU